AUGAUGAUAUACGGGCAUCAAGACGUUGAUCUCGCUGGUCCCAGCCCAGGUUCGCCCCCAGGCAUGACGUCUUCCAAAACAUCAAAGUCUUCUUCGUUCAAGUCCUUCCAUUCCGACGACAACAGCGUCCUGGACGACGUGAGUCAUUUUGAAGAAAUCGGUCUAGACGACGAUGCUUCCCAUUACGACACCCACCGCGCCCGCGACACACAUCCCCCGAAGGCCUCCCAGCCCUACUCGAGAUCUUAUUCCAACGACUUUCGCCCUAUAUCAUGGAAGCCGCCGCAUUCUCGCUCCCCACCCAUGGCCCGGGAACUCGCCAAACCCAGAAGCACAAGCGGCGCCGCUGAUCUCGCCCCCAACGUCCGCUCCAACUCACGAUCCUCCUCGCGACCCCCUUUUCUGAGCUUGAAGACCGACGGCCACGUCCUCAACCGCCGGAGCCCCAGCGCUGGUCGCCUUUCCGAUCCCCGUCGAAGCCCCGUAAACCCCGUCAACUCUCGAGGCUUUGCGAGCCACUCAACGACUUCCCUCCAUUUCCCCCGCAAGAACCGCAGCCCGAGCCCCAACUUUUCGUUACUUCCGAGAGACCCCAAUGUGCCCCUGAAGCCCCGACGGGAAAGCUGGCAGUCAACCCAAGACCGGAAGUCGGCAUUGGAAUUGGAAAAGGAAUGCGACGAGGACGACACGGACGAUAUCCCCGAUGGUCUCAUUCUCGAUAAUGUCCCCAUCUCGCCCCGACCUCGACAGGAACGAACACCCAGCCGACCAACCUCGUCCUCCGGGGCAUCACCCAACAGACCGCCAAAAGAAAGAGUCCGUAGUGUGGGCAACGGAACACCCCCGGUCCCCGUUGACUCGGGAUGUCUACGUUCCCCAUCCUGGAAGUCGGACACGGCCUUGUCGUCCAUCGGAGAGCAUGGUGCGCCCGAGCCCCUCAGGAAUCGCGCGAGAAGCUGGAACCUCGCACUGGCAGAGCUCAAUGCCGACGCCAAGGACUUGACGGAGAAGCUUGAAGAGCACUCGGACUAUGUUCGCGAGAAAGCCGCGGAAAACGCUAACCCCACGGGACGCCACACUUGGAACGGCAAGUCCCUCGAGCAACACGCGCAGAAGCCUCGGGUCAAGUCUGCGUUGCCUGAACUGCCUCCGAUCCGGCAUCAGACCAAUAUCAUGAUUGACCCACUUCCAAUUUCCAAGGAAAAGGAAGCAGUUCUCAGCCGCACACGGCCCUCAUGGCUUCCACCCAAGGACCCGGCCGAGGAGAAGCGCCAUCUGCGAGAGUACAAAAAGAUGAUGGCUCGCAGCGCCGAAGCAGACCGACGUCGCGAGGUCUCGCGCGAGGCCAAAAAGUCAACUCGCGACACGACGGCCGAUAACCUGAUGCGAGUCUGGGACGAUGAUAUCAUUCCCAGGUGGGCCGAUGCCGUGCGAGAGCGUCGGACGCGCGAGUUGUGGUGGAAGGGAAUUGCUCCCCGCAGCAGAGGCACCGUCUGGGCGAGGGCCAUAGGCAACGAACUGGGCCUCUCCGGGAAGUCGUACAAUGCCGCCCUCGGUCGAGCUCAAGAACUUGAGGGGAGAGUCACUGCUGGCAAGGGUGACUCUGAGGACAUUCGGAGAGCAGCUUGGCUCUCGGCCAUUCGCAAAGACGUGGCCGAUCACACUUGGCAGGAUCUACGCAUCUUCCAGGUUGGCGGGCCUCUGCAUCAGAGCCUCGUCGACGUCUUGUUUGCCUAUGCGCUGUACAGAAGCGACAUCGGCUACGUCAAGGGGUGUAACACUCUUGCAGCUCUUUUGUUGCUCAAUCUUCCCUCGCCAUCCGCGACAUUCAUCGCCCUUGCCAAUGUCCUAAACCGCCCAUUGCCUCUUAGUUUCUACUCGGAGGACCCUGGUGCGAAAGCUUCGGCCUACAAUCUGGUUAUGCAGACGCUAAGCGUCAAGUCUCCCCGACUCCACGAGCACCUGACCAAGGACAUUUCAGAAGGCUACGCUGACUUCUACCUCGGCAACUUCUUCAUGGGACUCGGCACGACUCACCUGGCCAUGGAUGAAGCAGCCCGUCUUUGGGAUGUGUACGUCUUCGAAGGUGACGCGGUGUUGGUUCGGGCCGCCGUGGCCACACUGAUGCGCCACGAGAUGGCGCUCCUGGGCGUCAAGUCUGCCGGAGAGGCCAGGAAGAUAAUUGAAAGUGGCGCCCACAAGGACGGCCGCAAGGCUGUCGUUGGAGAUGACGGCGCCGAGGACCGCUGGAUACGAGCUGUUCGGGAAGCGGGCAAGGCCUAA